AUGGUCAGAAAUCUUAACCUAGACCCUAUUCGAGCUCAGGGCAGGCUAAAGCAAGUUCAGGCCAUAAAGACUUCUGCUAUUGGUGAGCCAAUCCCCCCACCGGGUGGAUGGCAACCCCUUGAAGAUGUGAAGGAUCCACAUGUUCAAGAGCUUGGGAAAUUUGCAGUCAGUGAACACAACAAAGAGGCAAAGGUGGACCUCCAAUUUGGUGAAGUGAAGAAAGGUGAAUUUGAGGUUGUUAGCGGAACACUUUACAGACUCCUUAUCACUGCAACAAAUCAUGGUAAUGCAAGUGAUUACAAUGUUGAUGUGUAUGAGGAAAACCGGACAAAGAUUAAGAUGCUUACCUCCUUCACCAAAGCAUAA